AACUUGUUAUCGAUAAACGCGCGGCAAACUUGCAUUGUGCGUCCAGAUUUAUUUAUAAUUUUGUCAAGUAACCCGGAUUCCGGUAUGCAAGCAUUUUUGAAAACAGGAAAAUCAACGGCGGGAUCCGGAGAUAAGAACCAGGGAGCUACGACGACACGACGCAAGCCCCCGGCUCCGUGGGUGGAGAAAUACCGGCCACGCAAUGUGGAUGAUGUGGUGGAGCAGUCCGAGGUGGUGGCCGUGCUGCGCAAGUGCGUUGAGGGCGGGGACCUGCCCAAUAUGCUGCUCUACGGACCGCCCGGCACGGGCAAGACGAGUACGAUCCUGGCUGCCAGCCGACAGAUCUUUGGGGACAUGUUCAAGGAUCGCAUCCUCGAGCUAAACGCCUCCGACGAGCGUGGCAUCAAUGUGGUGCGCACCAAGAUCAAGAACUUCUCGCAGCUGUCGGCCAGCAGUGUGCGUCCGGACGGUAAGCCGUGUCCGCCCUUUAAGAUCAUCAUUCUGGACGAGGCCGAUUCGAUGACCCAUGCCGCACAGUCUGCGCUGCGUCGCACCAUGGAGAAGGAGAGCCGGAGCACUCGCUUCUGCCUGAUCUGCAACUAUGUUUCCAGAAUUAUUGUGCCCAUCACGUCGCGUUGCUCGAAAUUCCGCUUCAAGGCGCUGGGCGACGACAAGGUGAUCGAUCGGCUGAAGUACAUUUGCGCGAUGGAGGGGGUAAAGAUAGAGGAGGAUGCCUAUAAAUCCAUUGUCAAAAUUUCUGGCGGAGAUCUGCGUCGCGCCAUUACCACUCUGCAGUCCUGCUACCGCCUAAAAGGCCCCGAGCACAUCAUCAACACUGCCGAUCUGUUUGAGAUGUCGGGCGUCAUUCCGGAGUACUAUCUGGAGGACUACCUUGAGGUCUGUCGCUCUGGGAACUACGAGCGCCUGGAGCAGUUCGUGCGGGAGAUCGGCUUCUCCGCCUACAGCGUUGGCCAAAUGAUGGAACAGUUCGUUGAGUUCGUUGUCCAUCAUCCGGGGCUAAAUGAUCCGCAAAAAGCCAAAAUAUGCGACAAGUUGGGCGAAUGCUGCUUUCGCCUGCAGGACGGCGGUUCCGAGUAUCUGCAGAUCAUGGACCUUGGCUGCUGCAUCAUCUUAGCUUUAAAGUAAUCUCAUCCCACUCACCACAUUCAGUAUAUGUAUUUUUUUUU